AUGGGAAUUCAUAAAAUGUACGAAAGAACUGCUAGAGGCUGGAUUAAAUUUGAGAAGGCUACAGAAUAUUCCUCCUUGCUGGAUAUAAAGUUCAAAAAUGGGAUCUUGAAAAUCCUGCCUUGGGUCAUUUCUGACGAAACAGAGUCAUUGCUUAGAAAUCUGAUUGCAUACAAGCAGUACAAUAGAGGAAUUGAACCAUUUUAUUUGACCGGUUAUGCCACAUUUAUUGAUUGCCUCAUUAACUCCCCGACGGUUGCUGAAAAACUUCGCCACUAUGGAAUUAUUGAUAAUUGGUUAGGUGAUGAUAAAGCGGUUUCUACAAUGUUCAACAAACAGGGCAAUUAUGUCACUGUAGAUUCUACAACAUUUUGUUACUUGAAAGUUUUCAAGAAAAUUAAUGUGCACUGCAAACGUCAUCGGCACAUAUGGAUGGCAAAUUUAAGGCAUAAUUAUUUCAACAGCCCGUGGUCUAUCAUUUCACUUAGCG